AUGGAUAUUUAUGAAGUAUUAAGAAGACAAAGUGAGAAUUUGAAGAGGUUAGAAGAUAACAUCAAUAAUGCAAUGAAGCGCAUAGAGAAUAUUGAAAACAUGUGUGUGGACCCAGAUCUGAAACAUAUAUUUACAGAUAGUGCAUCCUUGAUAUCUAAAGAUGAUUUAUUAGAUUCACUAUGCGAGCCGUUACCCUCUCCGAGAAGUUUAAGUUCAUCUUGUGGUAGAACAAUUGAUUUAGAAUGGAUAUCAAUGACACUUGAAAAAAUGACAAAUUGUAACCUAUCCAAUAUAAGCGACAAUUGUAAUUUUCAACAUGAAAACUACCAAGGGACUAAUGAAGCUAAUAUAGCAAUGUUAGAAACUACAGAACUUUAUGGGGAUGACAUUAAUGGAUGCUCAUCAAUAUCAAGCUUUGAUGUUGACAAAGAUGAUGAAUCAAAUGAUACAGAAUACAAUAAAAUAUCGAGUGAACCCGUUAAAAUUCAUCAUAAGAGUUCUAACAUUGUAGUAUCUAAAGAAUUUAUUAUUGAAAUACGUCCAGAUUUAGAAGUUUCACAUUUGAAAAGUAGUUCUAAACCAACUAUUGAUCAGCAUAUACAAACUAAAGAAGAUUCAGAAACACUUAAAAUAGCAAAUAUAAGACUUGAAGAUUUUUCUGAAUGUUUAACAGGUACUGGAUCUCUGUUUUCGGGUUGUCUCGGCUCAAAUUUAUCUCAGCAACAUUAUUUGUAUGAUGAAGAAGAAAAUACAUUUAAAAAUGGAAGUCCAGAUUUAGAAAGAGCUGAAGAUGAAUUCUAUUAUCUUAGGAGUAGUAAUAUGAGGGGAUCAAUUACUCAUAGAAAUAUUAAAAGGCGAAGUGUAGAACCUCAUAAGGUUCCCUUGACUGCUAGGUUUUGUCGUGAUAAGAUCAAAAGAAGAGAAGAUAUACUGGAAUUUAAUUUAAAAGAUAAUACAAAUGUCCAAAUUCCAGUUACUAGAGUCCAUUAUUAUGAGCCCUACCAAGUGAUUGUAGGUUAUGUUCAAAUUCCAUAUAUGGCUCUUAAUCAAAAUCCUAUAAAUAAUACUCAGCAAAAUACUCAAAAGUUACAAUAUUCUCAAAAUACCAAACAUGUUCAAUAUCCAAAUCAACACUAUUAUCAGUUCCAACACCUCCCUUAUCAUAUUUUCUCAAGAACUCAAAUCCCCAAACCUGUAACUAUUCAACAGCAACAAAGAAACUAUCCAAAUACAUAUAUAAGAUACAAUCAGCCUUUAUUUAAAUAUACUCCAACCUAUUUUGGAUAUAAUCAUCAGCUUAUAAGCCCAUAUUUAUUACCUUCAUACUCUUGUAAUCAGUGA